UAGUGGAACUGUCCAUCCCUGUGGAAAUAAAAUGGCCGAGAGGCAACACUUUCCGUAAUACAUACAUUUUAACACUGAAAGUAGUGUAAAUACGGCGGUUCUUUUAAUAUUAAGCCGAGUAACAACAAUAAUGCCCAUUGAACUUGGUCCAAAAACAUGUCGGGUGUGCCUGGAGGAGAGCCCACGCCUGCAGCGUCUCGAUGAAACACGCGAGGAAGGCGAGGAGACUCCAAACGAAAUGCUCAUACAGCUGCUCGGAGUCUCGUACAGCAAGCUGAAUGACAAGGAGAAUAUACCAGAGGGCAUCUGCAAGACUUGCAAGGUGGAGCUCAAUAUGGCCUUUCAGUUUCGCGAAAAGGCUUUGGUGAAACAGGGGAGAAUAGAGGAGUAUUGCCGGGAGUUGGGCAUGUUCGAUGAGGCGGAUGAGAUGUUCAUUAAGGAGGAGGAUAGUCAAGGUGAAAGUGAAAUUCAGGGCGAGGAGACGCUUUACAUUCUGGAAGAGGGAGUGGAAAAAACCGAAGGCGGCGACUACGUUCUGAUGGAAGAGGACGAAGAGCAGGAGCAUGAGCUUGGGCAGGAGGAGCAGCAGGAGGACCAGGAGCAGGAGCAGGCGAUAAUAACAAAUAAUAUUGAGUAUUUGGAGGAUAACUAUUCCAUCGACAUGAAUCCAGAACAUAGUGAAGUUCUCGAGACCAAAUCGUUCGAGGAGACGCCAACACAGCAAAUGGUCCUCACAGAGGCGGCUAAUGCCAGUAUCAAGAGCAAACGUGGACGCAGCCGCCGUGUAGAUAACCUUCGUGCUUCGAAUGUGAUGAAGGGCGGCUACAUUUGCGAUAUCUGUGGCAACUACUACGAGAAACGUGGACGUAUGAUGGAGCAUCGUCGUCGUCAUGACUCUGUCUGUCAAUAUCAGUGCGAACUAUGUGAUGCCGAGUUCCAUGUGCGAGAACAGCUGCGCAAACACAUGUUCUCUCACACCGGCAGCAAGCCCUUCAAGUGCAGCUGGUGCAGCCGUCAGUUCUUCUACGAGAGCGUCUUAAAGGCUCACGAGAACGUGCAUCGUGGCAUCAAGCCGUAUGUGUGCAAGCUAUGCGACAAACCAUUUGCAUACUCCCAUUCUCUGACCAAGCACGAGCUUAUCCAUUCGGACAUAAAAUUGUACCGCUGCGACUAUUGCCAGAAGGACUUCCGUCUGCUCCACCACAUGCGGCAGCACGAGGAGACCAAAUGCCAUCAGAAUGCUGUGUUGAUUGCCGAGAACGCGCGCGCGGAGAUGAUGGGCUACGAUGGACUGCACGAAGUCAAGCCAUUAUCGAAUCAAUGACGAACAAAUAGAUACUCCUUCUAGAUGUUAUCAUACUCUUCAAAAUAUAUUAUCUAUGUAUCACCUGAAUAAAAAUUCAAGUUAAUGUAUAGCUAAAACCCAA